CCCGCCUCGUCUCCUCGACACAAAAAAUGCCCAACUUUUGUUCGUGACAGAAAAUAAGCUGCCCGUAUGGGCGUGUCCCGUUUUUUCCUUACCACUCUGUUCAGUUCAUCGCCUUUCACGCUCUCUCGCCUCUGUCCCUCUGUCCUGUGUCGCCUUUCAUCGCCCUCUCUUUCUGUGCUCAUGGCCACCUGGACCGCCGACGGCCUCCCGCAGCGUUGUGACAGCCCGAAAGUCCCAGAGGCCACCCGCAUCUCUCACCGCUUGAACGCCCCGCGCAUCUCUGAGAUAGGAAAAGGAGAAACGAAGAGAGGAAGCGAAGAAAGGAAUUACCUGGGAAGAGAUGGCUUGCCUCGUGCAACCUAGACAGAGAAGCUGCACAUGAGAUUGGUCUGUGCCCCUCUUUCAGAGAAAGAAGGGAUGGAAGAACUGGCACAACGUUUCAGAAGACUUCCACGUCAGCUCCUUACUGCAAAUCUCGAGCUGGAUCCUUCGCUUAAUGAAAACUUGGAGCAGUGGCCUCAUCUUAAUGAAUUGACUCAUUGCUACAAGGCUGACUGGGUCAAAGAUAACAGCAAGUAUGGGCAUUAUGAGACUGUUGGGAAUACUUCCUUCCAGAAUCAGGUUUUUGAAGGUCCUGACACUGAUAUUGGAACGGAAAUGCGUUUGUCUAAUGCAAGACAUUUCAGGAAUGAUGAUGCAACUGAUGAUGAUAUUCCUAGCACUUCAGGGUGGCAGUUGUCAGAAACCAGUUCUUCUGAUGCAGCACAUACAAGGAAUCUCCAGCAGUCUCCUAUAGGGUUGCACUCCUGUUGAUGCAUCCAACACCGGUGCUGCUGCGAUCUGAGCUUCUGGAGGUGGCACAGCACAAACUGUUAGCUCAGCACGGAAAUGUGAUCACAGGAUAGACGUAGAGUCGGCUGCCUACCCAUCAAUCUGCAGCCAUACAGGUGCAGUCACUACCAGAGGAAAGAAAUAAAAACUGAUCAAGGGCAUGUUAGAGGAAGGAACAUUUGAGCUCAGCCACAGCCUGUAUUCAUCCCCAUCCUUGUUAGUCAAAAAGAAGGAUGGGUCUUGGCGGUUUUGUGUACAUUUCAGAGCUCUAAAUAAUAGUACGAUAAAACAGGUUCCCUAUUCAAUCAUCGAGAAGCUAAUUGAUGAACUCAAGGGAGCAGCAGUCUUUUCCAAAUUGGACUUAUAGGCAGCUUAUUAUCAAAUUCGGAUGGCACCAAGGACGUUCCAGAGACUGUAUUCCAAACUUAUAAAGGCCAUUACGAGUUUAAAGUGAUGCCCUUUGGAUUGAUGAAUGCCCCAGCCACAUUUCAGGCUCUAUGAACGAGUUUUUUAGGAGCAACUACGGUGGCUUGUCGUAGUGUUCUUUAAUGACAUCCUGGUUUAUAGCAGCAGCUGGGAUCUUCAUAAAAUCCACUUGAAGGUCUUACAAUUACUAUGACAACACCAACUAUAUGUGAAGGCGUUGAACUGCAGCUUCGGCAAUCCAGACAUCACUUAUUUUAGGUACGCAAUCACCAAAGAGGGACUGCGAAUGGAAGAGGACAAGAUUGCUGCCAUUAAGGAGUGGCCGAAACCAGAGACAGUCAAAGUUCUGAGGUCUUUUCUAGGUCUGGCUUGUUAUUACAGGCGUUUUGUGAAGAAAUUCGAGGAAGUCGCUGCACCCCUUACAGAAAUGCUGAAGCGAACCAGUGAGAAUGGACCUCGGCAAGGCUGGAAUCCUUCAAAAAAUUAAAGGAAGCAAUCAUCACUGCACCUGUCCUAUCUUUACUUGAUUUUACGCAACCCGUCUCCAUUGAGACAGAUGCUUCAGAAAUAGGUAUAGGAGCAGUGCUGCAGCAAGGGCAGCACCUGAUCACCUUUUUCAGUAAGGCAUGGGAUGGGUACAACAUCAUUGUCAAGUCAGAGUCCUGGCCAUUCGCAAAUGGCAUCAUUAUGUAGUGUGGCAGAAGUUUAAAGUGUAUACUGACCACCAUAGAUUGCGUUUUUGUAUGCAGCAGAAAGGCCUCACGCCCACUCAACAGAAAUGGUUAGUAAAAUUAAUGGGAUAUGACUUUGAGAUAUGUUAUAAAAAGAGGGAAGAAAAUAGGGUUGCUGAUGGCUUAUCUCGGCGGAUGGAAGAAGAGAAAUUAGAGCACACAGCCGCUGCUAAUCUGUAUGUAGUAAGUCAGCCAAUCGUAGACAUUUGGAAACAGAUUGAGGAAGAGCAUCACGCCUCAGAGAAGGUAAAAGAAAUUAGAAAGAAAGUGGCUGCUAAUCCUACCUUGACCUAUGGAUACCAGUGGAAGGAGCCAUAUCUACAUUACAGAAAUCGAAUCCAUGUACCACCUGAGUCUCCCAUCACCAAGUUGCUGUUGCAGCAAUAUCAUGAUGCUUUAGAAGCUGGCCAUCAAGGGACUGACCACACUUAAGAACGGCUGUGCCACUCCUUCUAUUGGCCAGGAAUGAAAAGGCACGUGCCGGAGUAUGUGCAGGGCUGUAAUAUUUGCCAAAUGUACAAGUAUGAGACAUUGAAACCGGUGGGCCUAUUGCAGCCAUUACCAAUUCCCCGUCAGAUUUGGGAAGAUUUGAGCAUGGAUUUCAUAGAAGAAUUACCAAAAUCGAAGGGGAAGUUGGUCAUAUACGUCAUUGUCGACCACCAGUCCAAGUAUGCAUCUGUCAAGCAGGUAGCCAAGGCGUUCCGAGAGCACAUUGGCAAAUUACAUGGCAUGCCCUGUUCAAUUGUGACUUGUGAGUGACCAGGACCCUUUUUCUUGAGUCAUUUUUGGCAACAUUAUUUUACCUUGCAAGCAAACAACACAGCAGUCCACUCAUCUCUUGGAGUAUCCCCAUUUGAAGUGGUCUAUGGACGUCCUCCUCCCAAUUUGAUGUGAUUUCAGCCUAAUUUGAUGUGAUUUCAGCCUCAAACUAACCAACUUAGUGAAGUUGAUGUCUAAUUGAUCAUCCGACACAAGGUCUUGGAGGAGAUCAAGCAUCGGUUGAAGGCAGCCCAAAACUGCAUGGCUCAGCAGCACACCAAAGGGCGUAGGUAUAAGGUGUAUAAUGUUGGGGACUGGGUAUAUCAGAAGAGUUUGGAAGGUACCACACAAGACUGUGGGUGUCACAGGUCCAAAUAUUCUGGGCCAUUUCUGAUCUUGCGCCGAAUAGGGAAGGUGGCUUGUAAGCUGCAACUGUUACACCCCAAUCUUUUGACCUUCAAACAAAUUUUUUUUUUCUAAACAUAAAGCAUUGAGGUGCGACUACACAACAAUUCAAAAAAAAAGAGGGAGCUAUGUCAUUCGAAACAAUGAGGCUACUUUCAUUUAUAUAACAACUUCAAUUCAUACAAAAUCACAUCUGUGUAUGACAAAACUGCCCCAAAUUACAUGAUUGAUGCCUAACAAAAACAAGACAUCAAUAAAAUAAAAAAUAAGACGCGCCGACACUAUAAAGGACGCAAAACCUCUCCAGUAGGAUGUGAGUGAAGCCAUCUGAUCAGCCUUUGUAGUAUGGCAACAAGUCAGAAAAAUCCCAAACCAUCUUAGGUAGGGCUCAAAUAUGAGAUAAUACAAUCAUAACAAUAAAUUAUCAUCAUGUCGUGUCAGGACAUAGUCACAUCAUUUGUCAAGAAGGCUCCUCACAUAGACCACGACAUGUAAAGGCCACUCAAUGGCUAAGAUAACACAAUUUCAAUUCACAUGCACAUCAAUCACAUACACUUCAUUCACAUACUUCAUUUUCAUUAGUUUUAGUGAAUUGACAGUUUCUGUGGGUGCAAACACAGACAUGUGCACACCAUGGGUGGCCCAUAGCCGAGAUGCAAUUCUCGUGGUGGCCCAUAACAAUAUGGAUCCAUUCACCCGCUGCAGCGGUAGAGCACUCAUCCAUGGGUGUGAGAAUUCCACAGAGAGAUACUCAACCUUUCCUAGGACACCUAGGUUGGGAAGACGGGAGCCCAAUGCUCCAAGCACAUCACACAACAGUACCCUGAGGCCUUGCACCACCUGCGCUUCGAACAGGCGAGACCAGUGGCGAAGGCGGGACAACUCCCAAACACAUAGCCACAUCCCAUUGGCCUUUCAUCUCUUCUUCUUUCAUUAUUAUCAUUAUAAUUGUACAUGCACAAAAUGACUGGCUAGCACAUGAGGUUGGUACACUUCACGAGUGCACCCACACCUCCAAUUGUCUCCACACGAGGGCCAUACAUAUCAUUACAUUCUUAGCUAGCCGUCAUACUGGACGGGUACAACUACCAUCCAAUUCAUUCAUUUGCAUCAUUGGCCGUAGCAAUGCAUAUGCAACAAAUCACAAUAUUCAAAUUCAUAAGCACUCACAUCUUAUCAAACACAUCAUUCACAUCUUUCAAAAACUUAGCCAAAUCCGGCCUAAAGAGUAGUCUCGAUUUGUGAUUGGCUCGUAGCUGUCCUAGGCAGUUAUCAUUCUAAGAUGUUUUCUAAUGCACAAUUGGGGUCGAGGAGACACUCGACUCGAUACCCCGCCUCAUCUGUCAUAAGCAGUUAUUAAUUCUAGCAUGCACUUGCAAAUGCGUAACAGUUUUGAAAACAAGCUUCUAAUAGCUUUUCAAAACAAAUCUUAUCAUGAAUCAAAUCAUUUGCAUGCAUACAUACAUUCAGUCACAAAACAAUCAUUCAAUCAUAUCACAAUUCUAGGAUCCUACGAUCCUAGGAACACACAUUCACACGUUGGCUCCAGCCAGGGAUUUGCCUGGAAUGUCGCCAUACCUGUCGCGUGUCUUAAAAACACUCCAAAACGCCUCGAGCUUCACGUCUAGUUGCUCAAGGUCUACUGGACGCGCUUGGUGUACCUGCAAACAUACACAAGUGGUAAAUUCUCUACUAGCUUAGUUUCGCAAAGCAUACAAAUAUAAAACAAAAUCAUUGAGGCAUAUGUCAUUGCCUCAAGAGGGUGUCGACAGGUAGUGUCGACCUACAAGCCCUUCAAUAGGCUUCCUCUUAACUUCUUGACGUUGCCACCAAACGUCAAGAUUCAAUACUUCGAUCAAUCCAUCACUAACACAUUUCUUAUUAACUUUCUUUAGUUGAGGCGUCUUCCCAAACACCCAACUUACAUAUUCUUCUCUAACUAACACAACAAUACGCCCGUUGACAAUAGCUUGCACCACAUGCUCACCAAAACGAUUCUAAAUCUUUUCACCCACAUCAAAUCUCUACCAUGCUUUCCUAUUGUUUCGAAAAUCAACACAUCAUGCUAAAAAAACACUUGUACACAUAGAUCAUCGUCUUCUCAACAUAGUCAUAAACUUCCCAAAAAUAGCAAAGUCGCUAACAUGCAUUCCAAAUCAUCAAAUUCUAAAUUCUAGCAUGCUCAAACAAUAAUUAUACGUGCUCCAACAUAAAAUAUACAACAAUAUAGGCUCGAUUAGGCCUUGCUCACCCCAAUUAAAGAGUCUGAAUUGCUGCAGUCCUCCCGGCAGCCACCUCACGAGUUCGAGAGGUCCUCAAACAGCUAAAAUCCCUCAAUGCCGCCACCACCUACGCAUUCACCUCAUUGCUAUGAGGGGAAAGAUGUGUCCCCAAACUACGAUAACCAACCAAACUGCCACCACCAAGAGAGAAAAAUGAAAAUGAGCUCAAGAAGAGGAGUUCGUCUGAGAGGGAUUGGUUCGAUUGGGGGAGGCAGGGAACAACGAGGGAGAGGGAAGCUGGAAAUGGGAGAGAGCACGAGAGGUGUGAGUGGGAGGAGGCUGACGGUAAGGAGAGGGAGUGCAGUGAGAGAAAAGAGAGUAGGAGAGAAUGCAGAGAAAGAGGACAUGAAGAGGGGAGUGCAGCAGAGAGAGAGCGUGCAAGGAUGUGUGGGAGGAAGAGGGAAAGAAUACGAGGAGAAAGGGAGAAUGCUGCAGAGAGGGGAGGAUAUGCAGGAGGGACAGGGAGGAGAGAGGCAGACAGAGAGGGCGAGAGAGCUUACCAACGAGCUGCCGCCGUCGGUCCAGCCACCGCCACUACCAGACCGUCCGCCCACUUCUUCUUUGUUGUGGUCGUAGCAGAGGAAGAGUCGAAGAAGGAGAAGAAGAAGACGCUGAAGAAGGCGAGGGAGAAAAGCUCCCUCGAUGGGCUCUCUUCCACGAGUGGAGCUCAGGUCUGGAUCUGGACCCGAUCCGAUCCGACCUGCUCAAAUAAGAAACGUUACAGCAACUACCAGAAGGUUCAGCAAUGCGUCCUGUCUUCCACAUCUCACGAUUGAAACCAUGCCAUACCAAGCAGCUUCGACAGGAGCCUGCUACACACCUGCCAUCAGAACAGCAAGGGUCUCCAUACCCAUUUCGCAUGCUCCAAAAGCGCUCUGUUUGCGAGAAUGACAUUUAUUAUCUGCAUUUACUUAGCAUCUUCUUAUUAAGUGGCUGUGACAGUUUUGUUAUUAUCAGAACAAUAGCUGAUCAAUCUUUUGAAAA